CAGAAUUUAGGAGACAUGUUUAGGGUGAAACAAGAUUGGAUCAUGUCAAAUCGGAGAAGGAAUCAUACUAUUUAAGCAACAAUGGUGGCAGGAUUGGAGUCUGCUCCACGCCACAUGGAUCCUAUAAAUUCCCCGCCCUUUUCUUCUCCACUCCACUCAUCAUCAAACUCUCUCUCUCUCUCUCUCUCUCUCUGAAUCUCUGGAUCUCUGAAAACUCUGAACAUUCCAAGAACUCAUAAGUUACCUGUGAUCUGUGAAGCUUGAGCUGAAGCUGUGACAGUGUCUCACUGAUCGUUGAUCACUCAGCUUGGCUGCUACUGUGCAUUCACUGCGUGGUUAGCUAGCUAACUGAGCAGAAGAGCUUUAGCAAUGGCGACGCCGGGGCAGCAGCUGCCGCCGGGGUUCAGGUUCCACCCGACGGACGAGGAGCUGGUGGUGCAGUACCUCCGGCGGAGGGCGCUGUGCCGGCCGCUCCCCGCCGCCGUCAUCCCGGACGUCCACGACGCCACCGUGCUCGACCCCUGGGACCUCCCCGGCGCCGGCGAUGGUGAGGCCUACUUCUUCAGCUUCCGGCAGCUCGCGGCGGCGAGCGGCGGCGGCGGGUGGCGGAGGAGGAGGGCGGGGAGUGGGUACUGGAAGGCGACGGGGGCGGAGAAGCCGGUGUUCCUGCGUGGCUUCGGGUGCGGCGGCGGCGGCGGCGGCGGCGGCCAGCACCUCGUCGGCGUCAAGACGACGCUGCUCUUCCUCCGCGCGAAGCCGCCGUCGCGCACCCACUGGGUCAUGCACGAGUACCGCCUCGCCGCCGCCGGCGCUGUCGCCGUCGCCGCCGCCGGACAGACAAAGCGCGGGAACCAUAGUUGCAUGGCUCAGCCAGGAGAAUGGGUGGUGUGCCGGAUUUUUCUGAAGAACAACAGGUCAUCAAGAAGGCGAGCCGGCGACGCCGACGGCGAAACGCCGGUCACCGGUGUCCACGGUCACCGUCGGCGGCAGCCGUCGCCGUCGCCGUCGUCGUCGAGCUGUGUCACGGCUGAGGUUUCAGACGGAGAAGGAGAAGAAGAAGUCAGCAGUGGCAGCAUCAAUGGUGCUCCAUCUGCCUCUCAAAGAGAGGCCUAGACAUGCUGAAAAUCUCCUUAAUUAAUUACUAGUACUAGUGAUUUUUUUUCUUCUUCUUCUUGUUCUCUUUUGUCCCUCCAUUGCUUUUCCUGUACUUCUCCUUGUACCAUAAUGAUUAGUAGGAGUUUAAGUUUAAGCAGCAGGUUGAAGAGAGAAGCCCCAGCUUAAGAAAGCUCCUAAGUAAAGAUUACUGAGCAGCAGCUGUGACAUCUGUAUCAAUUGUAACUUGUAAGUUUCUCUUGAUCAUUUAUUAAGAUAAGGAACCUCAAUUAAGCAGGAA